CGGUUGGUUUGGGGGGGGGGGUUCCCGGUGUCCCAAGGGGGUCCCGGCACCCACCCCCCCCCCCCAGCCCAGCCAUGUUCUCGUCGGUCGCGGCCCCCCCGGCUCAGGCCCUGCUGUCCCCCCCCUCUGGCGAGGCCCCCACCUUCGCCCGGGCCGGGAGCGACUUCGCCGACCGCUCGCAGCCCUUCCUGCUGGGGGAGCGCAGCUUCAGCCGCCAGUACGCGCACCUCUACGCCGCCCGCCUGCUCUGCAUGCGGCCCCGCCUGGCGCAGCGGGCGCAGCAGCGAUGGGGCAGCGGCGUGGCGCUGCGGAAGCUGUGCGAGCUGCGGGCGGGCGAGCGGUGCUGCGUGGUGGGGACGCUCUUCAAGGCCAUGCAGCUGCAGCCCUCCAUCCUGCAGGAGAUCAGCGAGGAGCACAACCUGGUGCCCCAGCCGCCCCUGCCCAAGUACGUGCACCCCUCGGACGAGCUGAUCCUGGAGGACGAGCUGCAGCGCAUCAAGCUGGCGGGGAACGUCGAGGUGUCCAAGAUGGUGACAGGCACCAUCCUCGCCGUGUACGGCAGCGAGCAGGAGGACGGCGGGUUCCUGGUGGAAGAGCUCUGCUUCGCUGAGCUGCCCCAGCCCCUGCCCUGGGCGGGCCCCAGCUCGGACAGGUUCGUGCUGCUGGCCUCGGGGCUGGGGCUGGGCAGCGGCAGCGGCGAGUCCCUGCUGGGCACCCAGCUGCUGGUGGACGCGGUGACGGGGCAGCUGGGCGCCGAGGGCCAGCAGAGCUGCGCCGCGCUCAUCUCCCGCGUCAUCCUGGCGGGGAACCUGCUGAGCCAGAGCACGCAGAGCCGAGACAGCCUCCACAAGGCCCGGUACUUGACGAAGAAGACGCAGGCUGCGAGCGUGGAAGCCGUGAAGAUGCUGGACGAGAUCCUGCUGCAGCUCUGUACCUCCGUGCCUGUGGACGUGAUGCCCGGGGAGUUCGACCCCACCAACUACACGCUGCCGCAGCAGCCGCUGCACCACUGCAUGCUGCCCCUCGCCAGCGCCUACUCCACGCUGCAACUGGUCACCAACCCCUACCAGGCCGACGUGGACGGCGUCAGGUUUUUGGGGACGUCCGGGCAAAACAUCAGUGACAUCUUCAAGUACAGCAGCAUGGACGACUACCUGGAGAUCCUGGAGUGGACGCUGCGGGCGGGACACAUCAGCCCCACGGCGCCGGACACCCUGGGCUGCUACCCCUUCUACAAGUCGGAUCCCUUCAUCCUCACCGACUGCCCUCACGUCUACUUCUGCGGCAGCGCGCCCCGCUUCCAGUCCAAGGUGAUCACGGGGGACGAGGGGCAGCGGGUCCUGCUGGUGGCGGUGCCCGCCUUCAGCACCACGCAGACCGCCUGCCUCGUCAACCUGCGCGACCUCAGCUGCCAGCCCAUCAGCUUCUCCGGUUUCGGGGCCGAGGACGAUGACGGGGACAUGGAGGUCGGGCAGUGACGGCGCGGCACGGACUCUGUCACCGCACAGAACUGCGGAGCUGCCGCGGUGCGGGACCAGCAGCCGCUGGGAGAAGCGACGCGGCGCUGCUACCAAUACAGCUUGGUUUAUUCGUGUAACAAAA